AUGGAAUUCAACUUAAUUCUUACUCUUGUUAAACUACCCAUAGAUGAUUCCUCAUUCUCUAUUCAUAAACUUUAAAAUUAAAAUGACAAUUUAGAAAAUUAAGAACAAUAUUAACAUUCUUAUUCCUCUAUCUAUUCUCCUAAAGAAUUUCAACUAAAUCAAGAAUUCAUGAGUUGUUUAAAAUAAUAUUUACAAGUAGGUAUCAAUUUAAACAAAAUCAAAAAAUGA